AUGGGAAUCAAAGUCACCAUACUGGAGAUCUCGUUGAACACACAACUUCUUUCUUUUGUUAGAUUGCCUACUCAGGAUGAGGGCCAAGUGGCCCAGUGGUUGGGAAACACUGCUCUAGAUUACUUGUACUUGGCAGUUACUCAGGCCCAGUGGUUGGGAAACACUGCUCUAGAUUACUUGUACUUGGCAGUUACUCAGGCCCAGUGGUUGGGAAACACUGCUCUAGAUUACUUGUACUUGGCAGUUACUCAGGCCCAGUGGUUGGGAAACACUGCUCUAGAUUACUUGUACUUGGCAGUUACUCAGGCCCAGUGGUUGGGAAACACUGCUCUAGAUUACUUGUACUUGGCAGUUACUCAGGCCCAGUGGUUGGGAAACACUGCUCUAGAUUACUUGUACUUGGCAGUUACUCAGGCCCAGUGGUUGGGAAACACUGCUCUAGAUUACUUGUACUUGGCAGUUACUCAGGCCCAGUGGUUGGGAAACACUGCUCUAGAUUACUUGUACUUGGCAGUUACUCAGGCCCAGUGGUUGGGAAACACUGCUCUAGAUUACUUGUACUUGGCAGUUACUCAGGCCCAGUGGUUGGGAAACACUGCUCUAGAUUACUUGUACUUGGCAGUUACUCAGGCCCAGUGGUUGGGAAACACUGCUCUAGAUUACUUGUACUUGGCAGUUACUCAGGCCCAGUGGUUGGGAAACACUGCUCUAGAUUACUUGUACUUGGCAGUUACUCAGGCCCAGUGGUUGGGAAACACUGCUCUAGAUUACUUGUACUUGGCAGUUACUCAGGCCCAGUGGUUGGGAAACACUGCUCUAGAUUACUUGUACUUGGCAGUUACUCAGGCCCAGUGGUUGGGAAACACUGCUCUAGAUUACUUGUACUUGGCAGUUACUCAGGCCCAGUGGUUGGGAAACACUGCUCUAGAUUACUUGUACUUGGCAGUUACUCGGUUUGAAUCUUGGUUGAGACAGUGGCCAUUAUGACUCAAGUUUUUUGUAGUUUUCCUUAGUUCUACCAUGUAAAUGCUGGGACAAUGCCUUGGUACAGUUAUGACUGCUUCCUUUUUCAUCACUUUCAGUCCAUUAUUCAUCAGUCAUCCUACAAUUCAAUACUGUACAAUCUAGAUACUGAAAUGACUGUAGGUCACGGUGCAAGGGCCGAGAAGGCCCACCCCUUAUACAUUCAUUCAUUCAUCAGAUACUGAAGUGUCAUAAAAUAACCAGUAAAAAUAAAUUAAUAGCAGAGAGAGGGAUGCAUUGAAUGUUAUUAACUAUGCCCAUUGGACUUCUUUUUGUAGUCUUAGUAUAACCCCCUUUUUAUAUAACUAGGGGUUUCAGUGCAGCUAAAACUAGGGUGUACAUGUGACCCUUGUUCAGAACUGCUAUGCUGUAUUCUGGAGUCAUUUAUGUAAUUCAGUGUUUUAAUAUAUAUAUUAUAGUUUCUGAAUGCUUUUAUUUACAAUGAGUUCAGUUGCAAUCAUUUGUAAAUGUGUACAGGUCAUGUAGAUUUGGAUAUCCAAUGUGCAUUGAAAUGUAGGCGAGACAGUCAGUACAAGUACUUUGUUAAUGAAUACAGUAACUUAGGUUAAUGUUUAUAAGGUGGUUUUUGAAAGCACUGUAGGAUUUAGGUCUAAUAUGAAAUAAGACUGGAAUGGCUAUUUCAUGCAGUUAUUUUUUUGGAAUACUGUGAAAGUGAUUUGCAUGCUUAAACUGUGUAAGUUAUAAUCAAAGAGUUUGGAUGUACAUGAAGAAUUAUUCAGGUAUACUGAAAUUGUUAAAAAAAAAUAUGCAUGAAAUAUUUAGCAUUAACAUGCAUGUUUAAGCAUAACUGUAUGACUAUUAUGAUUUCUUAGAAAUGUCUUUUUAUUAAUAAAUUAGAGUAUCUCAUUA